AUGCCGGCCCUUCCGGGAGCAUCCUCGAUCUUCACAUGGAUCUUGUACCUCGUGCCGCUGUACAUCUUUGUUCUCUCCCCGCUAUUGCGCACGAUCUUCCCAUCCGAGCGUGCAGAUGGCUUGCUGGGCGAUGACGACGACUACGAUGACGGCCAGCUCGUGCCGGCGCUGAACACUACCGACGACAGCUUCAUCAGCCCCGAAGACGAUACGCCGCUCAAUUGCCCUGCGGACGAGUACCGCGUGCAUAUCUUCUCCCGCACUCCGCUGGUGAUUUAUAUUGAGAAUUUCUUGAGUGAUCAGGAGGCGGAUCAUCUAGUUGCUGUCAGUGAAGGGAAAUAUGUCCCCUCGAUCGUCUACGAUGGUGUCUCCGAGCGCGUCGACCCUUCCACACGGCUCUCCGACCGUGCUUUGCUCGAGCGUGACCAUGUCGUGCGUUGUCUAGAGGAGCGAGCGCGAUCCUUCCAGGGCUGGCGGCCCAACCUGUACAUUGAGCGCAUGUGGGCUCAGCGAUACAACGUCUCGGGCCACUACCGGCAUCACUACGACUGGACGGGCUCGUCGCGACACGCAGACCGCGUGAGCACGUUCAUGGUGUAUCUCAACGCGGACUGCACGGGAGGCGGCACGAAUUUCCCGCGACUGCCCAAGCCCAAGGCCCCGAAGUGGUGUCGGUUUAUCGAGUGCGAUGGCGAAGACGAACACAGUCAGCACGGAGGACGAACGGACAGGAAACAACCCAAGCCGGAGGGUGUCACCUUUAAGCCCAUCAAGGGGAAUGCCAUCUUCUGGGAGAAUUUGCGCCCUGACGGGACCGGGUACCCGGAGACGUGGCACGCGGCCUUGCCAGUGGAGUCUGGGACAAAGGUUGGCCUGAACAUCUGGAGCUGGUAUCAACCGCCGGUUCGCAGGAAGAAAGGACGUGAUUGA